AUGCCAUAUGAGUUACAUAGACUUUAUGCUACCUUACUUGUGUAUACAAAUCCAAGUAAUCCAAGAAAAUUAUGGGAAUCAUUUAAAGAUGCCAUGCUAGAAGAUUUUCUGCACUGCAACGUUGUCUCAUUAGCCGAAGCAAAGCGAUGUGCAUUUCAGCAGAUCGAUACAUUGCUACAGCCUAAUGGAAGAAAACUUCAUGAGUUCGAUAUUUUGCCAAAUGAUUUAUCAUUUGCUGAUUUAGAAGAUGACACAAGAGAAAUAGCAACAGAAAAAAGUAUAAUUGUAUCAGAAAAAGAUCAAAGAGCAAUACAAAAUCUCAACAAAAAACAAAAACUCGCAUUUGAUACAAUAAUUGGUAAAGUAGAAAGUAACAAUGGUGGAGCAUUUUUUAUUGAUGGUCCAGGUGGUACAGGGAAAACUUUCCUAUAUAGAGCAUUAUUAGCAAACAUCAGAUUAAAGGCACACAUAGCUUUAGCAACUGCAACAUCAGGUAUAGCUGCCUCAUUACUACCGGGAGGUAGGAUAGCACAUUCCAGAUUUAAGAUUCCAUUAGAUUUGUCAGAUAGGUCAAAUUGUAGGAUCAGUAAACAAAGUUCAUUAGGUAUAUUGAUUAAGACUUGUAAGAUAAUUAUUUGGGAUGAAGUUCCAAUGGCAAAAAGACAAGCAAUAGAAGCGCUAGAUGACCUUUUACAAGAUCUUAUGGAAUCAAGUGAAAUCUUCGGAGGCAAAGUAGUUGUACUAGGUGGUGAUUUUAGGCAAACAUUGCCAGUUGUUCGAAAUGGAAGCAAAUAUGAUACAAUUGCUGCUUAUUUAAUUACAAAAUCAAUUGGAUCAUUGCCACUUCUUGCAUAUGUACGAUCAUAUCAGGCAUCAAACCAAGAUAACCCUAUCACAAGAUUUGUCGUUGUCAAGACACAUAUACUCCCGGAACAUCAAAUGGAAAACAAACAACAACUCCAACUAUCAAAUGAAGAUGCAACUUUGUUAACAACAAAACCACAUUCUCCAAAACAAACACAUAAGCGAAACCAACCAGACAAUGGGAAAGCAAAACAAAUGGAAACAUGGUUAGCUGGCACAUCAAGACCAACAAAAAAAAGUAAAUAG